AACAAUUGUGGUCGUACCUCGUUGAUAAUAGUCUUUCUUAUUUGCAGGCCACCAGGAAAAGACUUGUGGCUUGGUCUCGUUAAGCCGGUUAACGAAACCGAUUGGUACACACCUACGUGUUUCAUUAAUCAAAACCAUAAAUUGGCAAAUAUUGUGCAUCCUUCCACAAUGUGUACAGCGUUAAAUAUGACCGUAGACUCAGCCAAAUUCGUCCCGUAUAUAACAAGUUGUGAGGAGAAGCAUUUUUUCAUCUGUACAAUAAAAACAGGUGUAUAUACGAAAGAUAAGUAUUACAACAUGACCCUGAUUGAACCUGAGGAACUCAAUAUAGUGAACGUCAAAACAUCUGAUACGACGAGUCAGUGGUGUGCCGGGAAUCUCAGACAAAAGUUUAAAGGAUUUGUCGCGGUCUACGAUGAAGAUGUAAAAUCUUGUACAUUGUACACAACAAACCCCGUCUUCUUCCACCGAAACUAUCAGCUGCUCCCGGUGUCCAAUCACAACAUCGUCUACGUGAAAACGUCAGGAAUUAACUAUGCAGUGACGGGCAAUCUGACAGUACCUGUCAAGCAACAUACCAUGGCUUGUGUACCUAACCUAGGCCUGCAUGCUUUGACACACUCGCCGCCUACAAUAGAGCCAGUCUUUACGGGAACCGUUACAUCGACCGACAUACCAUCCUCCCCGAACGCUACCCUCUGCACAUGUCAGCCUGUUGCUUACACCAUGAGAGGAGAGAUCGAUUUUGCCAGUCUGAUACGGAGUCUCAGGAUAAACAGAGCAGCUUUGUCAUCUUAUAAGAGGAAGCGAAUGAGUAUGUCCGACGAUCGAACGUCCUGUCUGGUGAUGGGCUAUGUUGCUGCCAUUGUUAUAUUCGGAAGUUGUUCAUGUAUUGUCAUCUUGGAUAUUCCUAUAUUUUUUAGGACUCUUAAAAGUAGACGAUGGACGACAUGUUAUAUUUUACCCCGCGUCAUCAAUGGAAACCAAACAAAUCAAUAAAACUACAACAUGGACAUUAU